AGAGCGGCUCUGCCUGCCUGCUGCUCCCCCUCCUUCUCCCACCUCCUCUCCUCCAAGCUCGGCCCCUCUCGCCUGGCUCCAGCUGGAGCCACAGGUUUAUCUGGAGGCGAGGAGUCCCUGCUCUGUAAGCUGAGCCCCGGGAGGAGGAGGAGGGAUCUGCUGGACCCUGGAGGAGAAAGGGUUUGGCCGCCCCGGAGGAAAGGGAGAGAGGCAGAGCCUGGGCACCAUGGCUGGAUUCUCUGCUCUUGGGCUCCUCUCCCUGUGUCAGCUCUUGGCCACAGCAUCAGCUCAGUCCCUUCCGAGAAUUGGACCACAAGGCCCUCCUGGACCACCAGGACCCCCUGGACCAUCUGGCAAGGACGGCAUUGAUGGAGAGCCAGGCCCUCCUGGUUUGCCAGGCCCACCUGGGCCAAAAGGUGCGCCGGGAAAGCCUGGAGCUGCAGGUGAAGCUGGAUUGCCUGGCCUUCCUGGAGUGGAUGGUUUAACAGGAACUGAUGGCCCACCUGGCCCAAAUGGGCCUCCAGGAGACCGUGGUGCAUUGGGACCUGCUGGGCCGCCUGGACCAGCUGGCAAAGGGCUACCCGGACCUCCAGGCCCUCCAGGACCCAGCGGGCUGCCAGGAGGACAUGGAUUUCGGGGCCCUUCUGGACCCUUUGGUCUGCCAGGAUUCCCGGGGCCUCCUGGACCACCUGGGCCUCCAGGUCUUCCAGGAGCCCUUCCUGACGGUGGUGGGGACCUUCAGUGCCCAGCUCUGUGCCCACCAGGGCCCCCAGGCCCCCCAGGAAUUCCAGGCUUCAAGGGACACACUGGUCACAAAGGGGAGCCUGGUGAAGUAGGAAAACAAGGAGAGAAGGGUAGCCCUGGCCCUCCCGGCCCCCCAGGAGUUCCCGGCGGCGUCGGUCUGCAGGGCCCAAGAGGACUAAGAGGCCUCCCUGGUCCGAUGGGUCCAGCUGGCGACAGAGGUGACAUUGGAUUCAGAGGCCCACCCGGAAUCCCAGGACCGCCAGGGAAAGCUGGAGACCAAGGGAGCAAAGGACCUCAGGGAUUCCGGGGGCCCAAAGGUGACACUGGCAAACCUGGACCAAAAGGAAACCUGGGGGCUCGUGGACUCAUAGGAGAACCUGGCAUGCCUGGCAAGGAUGGGCGGGAUGGAGCUCCUGGACUCGAUGGUGAGAAGGGUGACGCAGCUCCCAUGGGUGCUCCUGGAGAGAAGGGGCCCAACGGACUUCCUGGUCUGCCUGGAAGAGCAGGUAUUAAAGGCUCAAAGGGUGAACCAGGCAGCCCUGGAGAGACGGGAGAGGCAGGUCCCUCUGGAGAGCCAGGCAUCCCGGGCGACGCUGGCAUUCCUGGUGAGAGAGGUCUGCCAGGGCCCAGAGGAGCAACUGGACCCCUCGGCCUCCAAGGCCCCCCAGGAGCCCGCGGUGUCCGAGGUUUCCAGGGGCCCAAAGGUGCCAGUGGUGAGCCUGGCCUUCCUGGCCCGACUGGGAUCCGUGGAGAGGCGGGUGACAGGGGUCCUGUUGGUGUUCCUGGGCCCAAGGGGAACCAGGGCAUUGCUGGAGCAGAUGGCCUCCCAGGUGACAAAGGAGAGCUGGGUCCCUUUGGACCCCCUGGCCAAAAAGGAGAGCCAGGAAAAAGAGGAGAGCUUGGUCCAAAAGGUGUCCAAGGACCUAACGGGACAGCUGGAGCCCCAGGGAUCCCAGGACAUCCAGGACCCAUGGGGAACCAGGGGGAGAGGGGUGUCCCUGGCAUCCCAGGAAAACCUGGACCCCCUGGCAAAGAGGCCAGUGAGCAGCACAUCAGAGAACUCUGCGGGGAAAUGAUCAAUGAGCAAAUUGCACAGUUGGCUGCUAACCUGAGGAAGCCCUUGGCUCCUGGAAUGACGGGACGGCCUGGCCCAGCUGGGCCCCCAGGUCCUCCUGGGACCACGGGAAGUGUUGGGCACCCUGGUCCUCGUGGGCCCCCUGGAUACAGAGGGCCAACAGGAGAGCUUGGUGAUCCUGGACCCAGAGCACUGGGGAGAAGAGAUCAGAACUCCUUGGUGGAGCUCUAG